CUUCUAAUUCUAUAUUGGGUCCCCCACUUGCCGCUCUAAUAAACACCGUCUGUCAACACCGAGCGGGAAAUGGCCGCCACGCACUUUACCCAUUGACCAAACAUACCACUUACUAACCUACAAAACACGCACAAUAAAAAAAAAAUAAAAAACCCCUCCACUCUCUCGCCGGAAACUCUCUCCCACGUUACUUUUAGAGCUACCCCUAUUCUCCCCCUAUCAUUUAUUUUCCAGCUAAAGGUAUCGGAUCUCCCUCGCAUCACUCUCGCUUAUCGGAAAGAAGUUUCUAGAGUUUAGGGAGAGUGUGUUUGUGGUAUUGUUGUUAGGGUUUUGUUUCUUUGUGUGUUUUUUUAUGGACGAGACGUUACUUGACGAUAUUAUACGGCGGUUAGUGGAGGCGAAGAAUGGAAGGACAACGAAGCAGGUGCAGUUGACGGAGGCAGAAAUACGGCAUCUUUGUUUAGCGUCAAAGGAGAUUUUUCUUAGUCAACCUAAUCUUCUUGAACUUGAAGCUCCUAUUAAGAUUUGUGGAGAUGUUCAUGGUCAGUUUUCAGAUCUCCUACGAUUGUUCGAAUAUGGUGGGUACCCACCUGCAGCAAACUAUUUAUUCCUAGGGGACUAUGUUGAUCGUGGCAAGCAGAGCAUAGAGACAAUUUGCCUCCUGCUUGCAUACAAGGUCAAAUACAAGGAGAACUUCUUCCUCCUGAGGGGAAACCAUGAAUGUGCUUCCAUCAACCGUAUAUAUGGUUUUUAUGACGAGUGCAAGAGAAGGUUUAAUGUUCGCAUCUGGAAGACAUUCACUGAUUGCUUUAAUUGCCUGCCCGUUGCUGCUCUUAUAGACGAAAAGAUCCUUUGCAUGCAUGGUGGGUUAUCCCCUGAUCUGAAAAACUUGGAUCAGAUCAGGAAUAUAGCUCGUCCUGUUGAUGUGCCAGACCAAGGCCUUCUAUGUGAUUUAUUGUGGGCUGAUCCCGAUAAAGAUAUCCAAGGUUGGGGAGAGAAUGAUAGGGGGGUGUCAUAUACAUUUGGGGCUGACAAGGUUGCUGAAUUCCUUCAGAAACAUGACCUUGAUCUUGUGUGUCGGGCUCAUCAGGUUGUUGAGGAUGGUUACGAGUUUUUUGCAAAGCGGCAGCUGGUCACAAUAUUCUCUGCACCAAAUUACUGUGGUGAGUUUGAUAAUGCUGGUGCCAUGAUGAGCGUGGAUGAUACUUUAACAUGUUCUUUUCAAAUUCUUAAAUCGUCUGAGAAAAAAGGAAAAAUGGGAUUUGGCAACAAUGCAUUGAGACCUGGAACUCCGCCCCAUAAGGGGAAGGGUUGAUUGAUUUGCAUGAGUAUUGAGGAUUUGAAGUGGCUUCAGAAUUGGAGUUUGAUCUGUUAUCUCGCAUAAGCUUUAUACCAUAGAAUCCACUUUCGGCUGCCUGGCAAGGCCCACAUAACCUAGUGAUACGGCCUCCUUUGGCACACAGGUGAAAGGUGAAGACAUAAUGUUACUGAACACUGUUGAAGGAGUGGAGGCACCUGCUGCCAAUGAAAUGGGUGGUUAUGUUUUUAAUUAUGUAAACUGGAGCUUCUGACUUUAUGUUAAACUGCAAUUGGUGUAGGUGCACAAUUUCUCGACUCAUGGCAAUACUUCUCUUGCUUGCAAUUGGCGCAAACUCUUUAAAUAUUGAAGGUGGUGCCUUUUUAGCUAUCA